CCAGCAGCCGACUAGGGUACCAGUAGGUAACAGCUGACUAACACACACCUAAAAAUCGCCUGAAAAUCGCUUCAUAGUAGGCUACAUAACAACGUAGUAUAUGUAUUUCAUUCAAACGAUUGGUAAAUAUUUAAUACCGAAGGGAUAUUUCAAUAAAUCAAUUUCCAUUAUGGCGAAAGAAUUCAAAAAUUGGCAGGAAGCCAAAGCUAAGUACUUUGAAGAAAGCACUGCAACUCGAAAUCAACAUUGUGUUUCAGUGAAAGAGAUUCCAACUUGGGAAGAGACAUCAAAAGAAAUUCCCCAUUCUACAUCAGAUGGAAACAAUACUGAUUUAAAACCCAAUUUAUCAAUCAAUUCAAAAGUUUCUCUUUGGCAAGGGGAUAUAACUCAACUAGAAGUUGGAGCAAUUGUCAAUGCAGCCAAUAGCAGGUUGGCUGGUGGUGGUGGAGUUGAUGGAGCAAUUCAUAGAGCAGCUGGUCCUUAUCUUCUUGAAGAAUGUCAAUCUAUCAAAGGUGGUUGUCAAACAGGGGAUGCUAAACUGACAGGAGGAUACAAACUACCUGCAAAGUAUGUGAUUCAGACUGUUGGACCUAUGGACCAAGACUCUAACUUGCUGUCUGAUUGUUAUUCUAAUAGUCUUAAACUUGCGAAUAAAAAUGAACUAAAAACAAUAGUAUUUCCCUGCAUUUCAACUGGGGUUUAUGGUUACCCCAAUAGAGAUGCAGCUGCAGUAGCAUUGUUAACAACAAGAAAAUUUCUUGAAAGUGAUGAAUCAACAUUGGAAAGAGUGAUAUUCUGUGUGUUUUUAGAUAAAGAUCUAAAAGUAUAUCAAGAAUUGCUACCUAAAUAUUUUCCAGUAAAGGCUGUUUUGUGAUCUGAUUUGAUAACAUGAAAAAUUUUGAAAAUUUGGUAAUGUACAACAUGUGUACAGCAUGAACAGGCUUGGAAUAAAAGAAUGGCAAAAAAUCUU